AACUGGUUUUUUGAUAGGGAAUGUGGUUUCCAGUUGCCUCAUGAGCUCCUCCUUUACGGUUUGGUGCUCCUCGUGUCAAGAUCAGUCCGUCCAGAUUCCUUAAUAAUAUGGUUUCGUUCCUAUUAAACAGACGUGUAUUUCGUUUACUUUUGCAACACAUCAAACCAUUUAACUAAUCUGCGAAUGUCGGUGUCCUGGUUUAGUGACAUCGAAACUGUUAAGGAAUUUCCGUCUGUGCUGCCUGCCACCCAUUUCGACCCGUUGUCUGACGUUAGCGCAUUACGAGCUGCCAUGAAAGGAUUUGGCACAGAUGAACAUGCCCUCAUCGACAUUCUUUGCCAACGAUCCAAUGACCAGCGCCAGUCGAUUAUGGAACUCUAUGGCCGCAUUGUUACUCGGCCCUUAAUUGCCGAUCUCAAAAGCGAACUGAGUGGAAAUUUCAAGCAUGUUAUGGUCGGCCUGAUGUUUCCGACGAAUUUCUACUGCGCCAAACAAUUGCACAAAGCCAUGAAAGGCAUUGUUAGAACCAAGGAGGAUGUUUUGGUAGAAAUACUCUGCUCCCGACCCUACGAAGAAAUAGAAAAGAUUGCUGCUGCUUACCAAUCAUCGUACGGCACCGCGCUAAUAGAAGAUGUCAAGAAAGGAACUUCUGGAACAUUUCGGCAAUUGCUUAUCAUGACUCUCCAGAAAAUGACAGACCAGAGUAAUGGUUUUGGCGAUUGUGCUUACGAUCCAGUUAAAGCAAAAGAGAAGGCCAAAAUUCUUUACAAAGGUGAGCGAAAAAUAGAAACAAAUGUAAAUGUUUUCCUGGACAUAUUCGGUUUCGCCGUCCAACGCCGUCGACAAGUUACCAUAAUUUUCCACGAAUACGAAAAGAUUUCAGGGAAAACUAUUGAACAGCUAAUGAAAUCAAAAUUGUCUGGUGCAGUAUUGAAUGGUCUACUAACAAUAGUCAAAACAAUCCGCAAUCGACCAGCUUAUUUUGCUGAACGGUUGAAAAUUGCAAUAAGCGGUUGGGGAAUGGAUAAUGAUACAUUAAUUCGCAUUAUCCUUAGUCGCUGUGAAAUUGAUUUAACCAACAUUAUGUACGAGUACGAAUGCAUGUAUGGCAAAGCGCUCUUUGACGCCGUAAAAGAAGAUACUUCUGGUUAUUAUCGACGCAGUCUCCUCACCCUCCUUGGCAUUGAGCCGUUGGUUCGAAUGAACUCAUCUUCGUGUUCUUCGUGUAAUGUUUCUUGCGUUUGAAAAAAAAAAAACACUAGUCCUCAUU